AUGUCUACCGACUGGUCCCUCGACUUUUGCCUCGUCUGUGAUCGCCAGACCUCCGGCGGUCCCUACUGCUCCCAGACCUGCCGACUCGCCGAGUUGGAUCGCACAUCGACCGAGGACGAGCAAUCCUCAUCCAAGGGCUCAUCGCACUCUCGUUCGUCCACUCUUGAUUCCAUCGAUUCCCGAUCGGGCCGCAGUCUGUCCGCCUCAUCGUCGCAAACCUCAUUGUCUUCCCUGCGGAGUCAUGCCUCCAAUGCCGCCCUCUCCGGUCAGCUUCAAGAUGAGCUGCGGGAUUAUGCCAGCUGCUUCGAUCAUGUCCGGGAUCUCAAGCGACGAAUGACUUCCUCUUAA